AUGUCUGGGAACUUGCAAGUACCUUGGUGGAAGGUCAAGGAAAACUUGAGUACUUCUCUUGUUCAUCUGCAAACCCAGCAGGAGGUGAGGAUGAGAAUUACCAGAAUGGCCAUGCAGGUGGUGCGCAGUGAUGGUGCGUUAGCACUAUACAGUGGGCUCAUUGCCUCCCUCUGCAGGCAGAUGACAUACUCAAUGACCCAUUUUCCCAUUUAUGAAACUGUGAGAGACAAGAUAUCAAGUCGAAACCAGGGGCCCAUGCCCUUCUACCAGAAGAUCUUACUGGUUACUUUUGGAGCUGAAAGUCUUACUGGUGGGUUUGUUGGGACACCAGCAGACAUGGUUAAUGUCAGAAUGCAGAAUGAUGUUAAGUUUCCACCAGCGUUUAGGAGAAACUAUACGCAUGCUCUUGAUAGAUUGUUCCGUGUCUGGAAAGAAGUUAGGAAGCUAUUCUCUGGAGCUUCGAUGGCAUUUAGUAGAGGGGCAGAUAAUAUAGCUGCAUAA